GAGUUUUCUAUGGCGUUAUAUAUGGAUAGUCUUUUGCAUAGAAAUCCCAUGCAAGAGAUAUUGAGCGAUUUGUAGCGAUAUUUCAACAUUGGCAAUAUGCGCACGGAUAAAAUUAAAGCAUGAAAUGGCAGUACGACCAAAAACAACAUUUUCCAGUGUGAAUGAAACGGUUGAGGAUGUAUCUUGUGGGUGUGUUAUGCACAGAAUCAAAGGGGGGUACAAGCGGAAAAGAGUGAGUCGAUGGGGGCAGUUAAGAUUUACAGUCGACAAGAGUACAGACACAGCUCUCUGCAUUAUUCGACUUUUCAAGCACGAUAUAACAAGUUCUGCUUAUGAACCAAGUCGAGGUAAAGAACCAAAGUUAAAAUUUGAGUUGAAAUUUACAAAACAAGAUUUUUGUGGCAUUGAGAAAGGGGAACAUUACGAUCGUCACGGAAUGAGAAGGUACCUUUGCAUCAUUACCAAAGAAAAACAUCUAAUUAUUGAAGAUGCCGUAAUGACAGCAGCUGGGAUAAACCACAAUGUCCUUGGAACAUGGUACCAGUUAAUUGCUGAGACAAUGGAAUAUGUGAAUCGUUGGAGAAUUGUUGAGAAUAAUCCGAAACUUGCGAAGAAGAUUUGUUAUUUGCAUGUAAGCGUAGAGAACACUUGUGAGUGUCACAGUCUUGAAGAUAAAACAAGAGAAAAUCGUAACUGUCUUGUAUUACGCUCAUGGCCGACUCAUAUGAUGCAGCAGAUUCAUGAGAGCGUUGAGAUUCGUGAUGGAGUUUCCUUCACCGACCUAACCUUUCAUGUUCCCGAUGAUUUAGGAAACCUAAGCCGAGUAAAUUUAAGUGUGGAGGGAACUCCAAAUGUAAGACAGUUAGUCGAGAAGUUAAAACGAACCAAUGGACAUGCCCCACGUGCCAAAACAACUUUAUGCCCAGGGUUUGAUGAUUUGAAUUGUUCGCCAAAUCUCAUUCGGAUUCCUCGGCAAAAUCCUCCAAAGGGAAUUCGUGGCAUGUUGACUAAAACUAUAAGUGGAAAGAAUAAUCAGCAAGGCAACCUAGACAUGCAGAAAGCAAAGAAAAUGCAACAGAACAGCCCCGCUAAUGUUUAUGUGAGCCUUGAAAACCAAUCCCCAGAACCCGAUUCAAAUUCAUCUCCAACUGAACAACAAUACUGUAACCUUCCUCCAAAGGAGGCGUCGUCACCCCAUUCGCAAAACAGGGAUCAUAAUCACUCAGGUUCCCAAUGCGAUCAUGAUUCAAACCCGCGUAUCCUCGUUGCUUCUAAUUCCGACAACUUGUUUCAGCCUUCACCACAAGACAUCAAUCCUUAUAUAAACCAUCAGCCAGCACCAAGGUUGCCACCUAGUGAUCCUUUCGAUCCACCCCACCCAAGACAUCGGCCUCGGACCCCGAGUUUUGAUGACGACUUUAAAAAAGGCCCCGCACUUGCAACACAAACAAGUUUUGAUUCCGAUUACCAAACUGGCAACUUCUCGACAAGUCUAACUUCAACUGACCUUGACAAUCGGUAUGUGAACCUACAGCAAAACAACUCAGACCAUCAUAGUAGUCCAGAACCUCCGACUUCUAACCAAAUAUAUCGGAAUCUAAGUUCUGAGGAUAAUCCACCAGCUGUUCCAGCAAGAGACGUGGAACGCAUGAGUCAAAACCAGCCGUACAUCAACCUUUCCCAUCGCUUAAGUCUUCCCCUGAUGGACGAACGAUCUCCCGAUCAUCGAUUGUCUCUUGCCAACCAACCACCCCCCAGACCCCCCAAACAAAGCAGCAUGACUACGGAGCGUAACAGAGAACACGUGAGAGAACACGUGAGAGCCCCCCCAAUACCUGGGAGACAGUUUGAUGAAAGAUACCAACAGCAGGGAAGAGUCGAUCUUGUUGCUUCGUCAAUUGAAAGAGGAACUUUACCUCCUCUUAACCUUGAAGAGGACAGGAGAGCUUAUGAGAACAGCACUGCAUUUGAAGUCACAAUCAAUGAAGUGUUGCAAGGAACACAUUGGAAUUCACGGGAUCGUUGGCUGAAUCUUCCUCAUGCAUUAUUUGUAAAACUUGCCCUUGGUUUAGAGAACGACAGUACAACUGUGGCAGAUUGGAAGGUUCUAGCUGAGCAACUAGGUCUUUCGUUCAAGCACAUUCAACAGCUGCUAAGUUUGUCACGGAGUCAUGCCAAUAUUAGGCCACUAGAGGUCCUACUACUGCACUGGAGUCGAACCCAAUCUCCCGUGCCGCUAACCCUCCCAAACUUAAAAGACGUGUUAUUAAAAAUAGGCCGCGCUGAUCUCGUUGAGUUGCUUAACACUGCAUUUAUCUAAUGCCCGUCUGCGUAAUUAGAUACGUUGUUGUUAUGCAUACACAUACCAAUGCGAUUGAUGAAUAUUAAUUAAAUAUAGUUUUGUAUAUAAUUCAAUGAAUGCUUAAGAUGAAACAUUGUGUUUUCUACAAAGUGGUAACUUAUUUUAACGAUCACUUUUUGCCAUAAUGCCUUUAAAAUGAACUAUUUGUUUCUGAAUAUCUUUUCCUCACGUACCCCCAACCACUAUUUUACCAUUGCCAAUUAUAUUGCAGUCUUGUUGCAGGUUCAUACUUCCUAGCAUUGCACUUAUCAAUUUUAAUGAGAUUAUUUUUAAACUUCUCCACUCCGCCAUUUUCUGCAACUUCACCCCCCACCCUACACAAUACAAACCCACAACUUCCACUCUACGUUUACAUUCACACACUUCCACUUGUGAAUUACUUGCUGCAAUACAUAAGCUGUCGAUCUCCCGCAUUUCCAAUAAGCUUAUGAAUAUCAAAAACUUGCACUACGUUGCUUAAUAUAUAUAUAUAUUAUUUGAUCUGGUACGUUCUACCCAUUUUUGAUGCAGUUUAGUACUCUCACCUGUGUUGCACAGCUUUACGUGCGUCUUUUAUUACCAUAUUUCUAUUGCAAAAUUGAUACUACUAUAGAUUCAUACUACGUAAAUAUUUUUGUUUAAUUUUAGAUAUACCAUUCACUAUUACCCUUCUUGUACAGUGUACUUUCCAUAAAAACUUUCCAUAAAUUGCGUGUUGGUUAGAAGGGAAAUGCAAAAAAAUGUUAUUAACGUUACCAAUGAAUUGUAUUAGUUUAUAUAGUAAAGAUUCUCCAUUGUGAACUGCUGCUUAAAAGGAAAUGUAAUACAUAUAUAUUUAUACGUUUAAUAU